AUGAACACGCCGCCGUUGUACGACAUCACGGCCAAAAUAAUCAUGUACGCAAACCCGGCCCGUACCGCAGAUAUUCCAGCCCGGAAGAAAAUUGACCCGAUCCUGUUAGAACCAUCUUUGUCGAUGUCCAGUUUGGACAAGAACUCGGCGGUGACGGCUAAAGUGAAGACGAGUAUCAAGGAAAGAAUUGGGCCUCUUUGCCCCAAUAGAAGGCCCAACGGAAGAGGGCCCGGUGGUGUGCUGACCCGGCGCCGGGAGGUGGCGCGGGCAGAUGGCCGGAGAAUGUAUUGUGGUGUUGGGGAAGAGAUUUAA